AAUGCAAGAUAAACGUGCUUGCGAUAAUGGCUUCUCUUUCUUUACGUGAUCAGGCUCUGCGGUUGAUGCGAAUCAUUGGAACAUCAUCGUAAGUAUCAAAGAUUUGUAUGUUUCCAUUCUAGUGCCUGAAUUGCGAGUUUAAACGUUUACUGAAUACUUGAAAUGUUACAAUUACAAAUGUACAACUACUUUCCACGAGAUUCCUCGUCAGCAAUGAUUUAUUGAUUCUUCGCUUUUUCUUUGAAGAUGCAGAUGCCCGGCUCAUUCACAGACAUUUUCCGCAGGUUUGUUAAUAAGGCACUGGAAAAUUUAAAGUGAUCGUCUCCAACAGCCAGAACUAACCACACAUUUCAUGCUUGGGGCGGGUGGGGCCUGCAUGAGGGGGAGGGGAGGGGGUGGGUACUCCUCAUAAUGGCCUGAACGGGGGGAGGGGUACCCUUUUUCAGGCUUCUGGUGAACGAAAAGGUAGGAUAUUACUAAUUAAAGUAUAUGAAAGGUUAGGGAAAUCUGUCAUUGGGGUCUGUAAAAGGACCUAAAAGGCCUAACAGAGGGAUUUUAUGGCUGUAAAAAUUCGAGAGACUUUCCAGGUUUACAUAUACAGCAGUUAAAAAGGAUACAAAGUUCUAAACCAGAUAUUUGAAAGGUAUAUGAUUUGUCAAAAUGAAAAGUAACGGGUACCUUUUGUGCCAAAAAUGGUAUAUAAGACUGUAAAAUUAAUAUUGUACUUUUUAAUAUUAAUUUUAGGAUCUAGAUUAUCUUCCACUGCAAAGGACCACAUUGAACCAGAAUGUGCUUUUGAGGUUUGUACAAACAGUUCAUUAUUAGUUGUACCAGGUAGGCUAACUGUGAUAUGUUAGGGUUGGUCAUGUAUAAUGGCAUUAGCUUUUGUGCAUCACAUUGGCUGCAGUGGUUGAAUUUCGCUACAACUGAAAGGUAGGUUUAUAUAUUUUACCACUCAAAUUUAUUUCCAGGUUAAUAUUGAUCUAAUCUAACUUGAUUAAUUCCCAUUUUCGUUUGUUUUCAACUCUUGAGAGUCAAAGAAAUUUGAGAUCGAGUUACGUCAAAAUAUUUUAACCUGAAAUCAAUUUGACCUGUAGCAUAUAAAUAGUGUUAGAAAGAACCUGUCAAGAAUAUAAUAAUCUUGCUAGGAAUGGACCCACAAACCAACUGGGGCCUAUGCCUUUGUCAACAUAAAAUUUAGGGUAAAAUUUUUUAACCUAGGUUGAUUAUCAAUUCCCCUUGUCUCGUAGCCCUGAAAAUUAUUAUUCUUGAAAGGAGGCAAAGGAAAUUUAGAAUCAACCAAGGCAUUACGGAAUUCCGUGCAUCGAUCUGCAUCACCCGUAAAAUUGGGGGUCUUAUGACUAUUUGCGGGCUCACAAAGGAUGCCAACGCAUGUCAUAUCCUUUGACUCUAGACCGAAGGGUUAAGCAUAUUGUUUCAACAAUACAAAGGUAAUUUAACUUAAGCAAAUCGAUAAUUUGAAGCUUUCAUGCUACUCUCUGUUUUAUUAGGAAAUGCAAUCGCAAUAAUUGUAAUAACAAUGCAAUAACUAUAGGUAGCAAUUAUUGUUAUCUGCAGUUAGUUUUUUCCUGAAGAGCUAACAAAAAUUAUUGUUUUAUUAGGUGGCAAACUCUAGCAUCAGGUAUGGAGAAGGAGUCACCAGAGAAGUUGGCAUGGUAAGCCUGUGCAUCUGUUUAAAAAGUCAAUGACAAGUUGAUGAACUAACAGAAUACAUGGCAGGGUUAGCUCAACUGGCAGCAGACUUAUUUAUUUUGUUUAUUCCAAAAUUUGCACAAAUUCAGGUGAAUAUUAGUGCUAUAGGACACUCCUUGUCAUCUUGUCAAGUAUCAAUCACAGUUCCCUCUCCACAUGAAAGGUAGAUCUAACCACCGUGCUCUACAUCUCCUACUCUUUUUGUUCUUGCAUUUGAUCAGUUAAACUCAGGUUAAGCCUGAAAAUACUGUGAUUGUCCUCAUUCAAACGACAAGCCAUUUCUGUGGAAAUGGAUGACUAGGUAGGAAUUGUUGGUCCCAUAUCCAGCUGAUGAUGCAAAAGCCAGGUCCUUUAUAAAAGUUAAUAUUAGUUUGUUCUUAAUAUGUUGACCCUUAAAUUUAUAAUAUAUUAGUAAUUUGGAAUAUAUUCUUGGCAUCUUGUUUCGGAAAUGACCAUUUUUUUUAAAUUCACUUUCUAAAGGAUUUCAAAAAUCGUGGCCUGACGAAAGUCUGUGUAAUUACAGAUCAAAAGGUAAGAUUUAACUUUAAUCGUAAUGCCUAUAACUGUACAAAUAUUAUUAAACAUUAUCAUAUCUCUGGGUGUCAACCACCUGAGUUCUUGUUUAAUUUGUAUUGCUUUAUUUUUUUUGAUUGUACCAAGAAGACAGAGAGUGUAAUUAACCAGCAGUUUUUAUCGUGAAAUUUAUAGCUUGUAAAUUUACCUCCUGUUCAAGCAACCAUUGAGUCUCUGGAAACAAAUGGAGUCAAUUAUGAACUUUAUGACAAGGUCAGGAUUGAACCAACAGAUGCAAGGUGAAUAAAGGGUUCUACUUUUGGCCCUGUCACACCCUAUAUUGAGUGGGAGCUGGCAAAGGAUUUUUUAUGGUUUGAAAUUCAUGAUUAGGGAUUUUUUCUGGUAAGGAAAUUUUGGUUUGUAUUUUGUUUGGUUCAUAUAAUUUUGCAAGGGAUCUUUGGGGUUUUCAAAAAAAUUCAGAAAGAUUUUUGGUAUAAAAUUAAUGAAGAAAAAUCCCUAGCUUCUGGCAAAGUAGAAAUUUUUUGGAAGAAAAUGUAUCCCUAAAUAAAUACCUAGUAUUCAUUAGUAUGGAAAAGAGGUGGGCCCUUUUUUUGCCAUGCAGCUGUGCAGUCAUGUGGGCACAAAAUACCGUGCUGGUCUCUGAUACAGAGAAUUUGUAAGUAACGAUCUUUAAACUAAGGAUUGAGGUAAGCUCUUAAUUUCCCUCUUUGUCCCACAGCCAGUGCUCUACCAAGUUUAAAUCUGUUCACUAAAUAAAUCUUUUGUUUCUCUUAGUUUUAAGGAUGCUAUAGAUUUUGCCAAGAGAGGUCAGUUUGAUUCCUUUCUAGCUGUGGGCGGUGGAUCAGUGAUUGACACGGCUAAAGCUGCCAAUCUUUAUCUAUGCCAUCCUGAGAAUGAUUUCCUAGAUUUUGUGAAUGAACCUAUUGGUAAAGGAAUGCCAGUUAACAAAGUUCUUAAGCCAUUGAUAGCAAGUAAGGAAACUCCUUUGUAUCAUGUACUGUAGAUCACUUUAGUUUCAAAAUCUGUCCAAAUGCACUUUUGAGACUUGUUGCAGUUGCUUUCAGACCACUGAAAACUUUGCCAAAACUUUGCCUUUUACACGAUUUAUUGCAUUGCACAGUUUCUAUAAUGAGAAAGUUUCUAAGGAAUUCAUACUGUGAAUUUGGCAAAUUUUGAAUCGUUUUGUCUUGAAACUGAAGCAAAAGUAUCUUUAUAUUUGAACGAAAAUCUAGAAACUGAACUUGUGAAGUGUCAAGGAACAUAACCUUGCAUUUUAACAGUGAUAAUUUAAGAUGAUUUACAAUUUAAAGAACUUACAUGCAAUAAUACAUAUAAUUAUUAUAUAUUGAUCUGAUAUAUAAUUUUUUAAAUUCGCAGUUCCAACAACUGCAGGAACAGGUAAGCGUGGAUGUUUAUUUUUAUCUCCUGUUGAAAAACUUCUCCUGUGUCUCUCAUUAUUUAAAAACGCGUUGUGAGGGUGGGCUUGCUGUGCUAGUUUAGUGGGAGAGCAGGAGAUUACUGUAUUAUAGUACUCACCAUCUCUUCCAUUCACUGCUUAUAAUCCCUCAACGUGUCCGUCAUUUUAUUCUGGUUUUUACAUUAGCGUUGAUUGAAUGAUUGAUUGAUUGAUUGGUUUCAAUUUGUCCAACCUUGUUCCCAGCGUUGUCUCCAGCUACCCGUCCUUACUUUCCGUAGGGUUGGGUAGAACCCUUGAAAGAGGUUGCAACUUGUCAGCUAUUAAUCAUACAUGAAUUUUCAGGUAGUGAGACUACUGGUGUAGCUAUCUUUGAUUACGAGCCACUGAAAACCAAAACAGGUAAUUCUAGCUUACAUUUUACCUUCUUUCUUCAUGGAUUGAAAGGCUACCUUUUGUUUUCACGCAUAUUCGUUUGAAAGCUAUUCAAAAGUAACUCUACUAACACUUAAAAGGUGAGAUUUCAAUUUUGGAAGAAGCUAAACUCCUUAUAAAUUUCUCGAUAGGCAUCGCAAACCGUGCUAUUCGACCCUUGCUAGGAAUUGUGGAUCCUUUACAUACCCUGCACAUGUCCGAGAGAUUGACAGCUAACAGUGGAUAUGACGUAUUAUGGUAAGACUGAUAGCACUCGAACGUUAGUGGCUAGUUUUCUUAGAUCAGAAAGAUGUUGGAUAGUUUUGUGGUUUAGUCUGGGGUUCUGUGAGUGAAGGAGCUGACAAAUUUUCUCCUAUGAUCAAUGCUCCUUUUUAGCCACGCUAUUGAGUCGUACACGGCCAUUCCUUACCAGAUGCGUGGUCCUCGCCCUCUGAAUCCUAAUUUGCGCCCAGCGUAUCAAGGCAGCAACCCGGUCAGUGAUGUUUGGUCCAAACAUGCGCUUGGAAUUGUAGCAAAAUACUUAAAAAGGUAAGUCUUGUGACGGCAUGACGGUAUGUCUCACACAUGGUUAAAGUUAGCCUGCGUAGCAUGGCGGUUUUGUCGAACCGGGCGCAGGAGCGGCGUAGCCACGAAAAAUUCGCGCGCGAAGCGCGCGAGAACGAGCGGCAAAGCCGCGAGAAAAAUAAAAACUGCUCCCGCUCCAAUCUCCUCGCUGUUUCUCUGCCCUCGCCCGCCUUUAUUACUUAGUUCGCCCAACCAAAACCGCCAUGCUACGCAGGCUAGGUUAAAGUUUGAAAGAAUCGUAGGGCUGUGGAAGAAGACAAGCGUAGCUCUUUGUAUGGAUGUAACAAAAAGAGCCUAAAGUCUUUAUUUAGAUCCCAAGAUAAGACUAGCUGUAAGUAAGUAGUAUUAAGGGGGUUAUGUUCUGCUACUGCUUUGUUAAACCAUAGUCCCACGAAACUCCUUUCGAAACAGUGCACGUUAUGGUCUGCAUCUUAGGCCCGUUUCAAACGUCGUGCUACUGACUGGUGUACCGAACUAAAUUGAUCGAAUUAAAUUCGACUUUAGCACGGCAGCAGCACAACGUUUGAAACCAAGUCGUGCUACUGUCGUGUUGCGCGGCAAGCUUUUCUUGUAAGUAGUAAGUAGCUAUAUGAUUUUAGCUGGUGUAUAUCCUAUUUAUUUUCUAAUUCAUUAGUUAUCUUAUUUAAUUAUUUCGACACGACCCCACAAGCGAAGCGUCGCUUUAAAUACUUAUCGUGUAUAAAUAAAGAUUAUUGAUUGAUUGAUUGAUUGAUUGAUUGCCGUGCUAUACAGCAGUAGCUCGACUUGGUUUCAUACGUCGCGCUACUGCCGUGCCAAAUUCAAUUCGUAAAUCAUGAAUACAUUAGAAUACAUUUAAAAGUUUGCCAAAUCGUUUCUUUAUUUUUGUGUUUUGUUUUCGGCAACAGCCGUUCUAUUCGACUGAAUUAAAUUCGACGUCUGAAACCAAGUCGUGCUAGUGUCGUGCUGCAGUCGAGCUACAGUCGAGCUAGCUUAGCACGGCAGUAGCACGACGUUUGAAACAGGCCUUACGUAUGUAUUCACCGGCGUGAUACUUUAGCAGCUAGGCAGCCGCAUAACUCAAGAGCAUGCUUUGCGCCCCGCUCCUUUCUGUUAACGAGGGCCUAAACAUUUACUCAAAGACAAACUUUUAUUUCAUCAGAUCAAUCAAGGAUUCUGAGGACCUUGAGGCCCGGUCCAAUAUGCAUUUGGCGAGUGUUUAUGCUGGAGUAGGGUUCGGAAAUGCUGGUGUACACUUAUGGUAAGCUGCUACACAUUGUGUUUAACAACAUGAAGCAUUUUUGGUCAAUUCGUUGGCAGUCUGGUUGACUUACCCCGCGGAGAAAGAGUGGGGAUGGGCUAAUAAAGAAAUUCGCCGAGUAGGAAUAAUACUGUUUAUGAAACUCCUUAGGAUUAAUCUAAGUAAGGAGGUAGUGCUACUGUAGGUACCCUAUUGAUCGUUUUGAGAAAACACACAAUACUGUUUAACCGGCAGUUCAUGUUUCGGAUGAAACUUUUUCUAUCGUCAUUGCUAACGAUCACCCUUUUCGUCUGCAGUCAUGGGAUGUCCUAUCCCAUCUCCGGCCUCGUCAAGUCUUACAAAGCUAAGCAAUAUGAAGUGGAACACCCUCUUGUGGUAGGACAUUGUAAAAGUUAUAAUUUUUAAGAGAAACAAAGAAAAUGUGUUGACCCAAGUGUCUACUUUAUGAUAUACUUAGCUACCUUCGUGUAAAGCCGGCAAUUUGAAACUUUUUACAGAUGACUACCGCACAAGAUGUUGAAACGUCAGUCACUGUCAACAACAACAGUUCUAUUCAGGAUUAUGUUCACCCGGACGAUCAAACUCAACCUACUCAUGAAAUGACUCCUGGGUUCAAACCAUUCACCAGUGACAGAUCCAGGGGAGGGGCCUGGGGGGCCCGCCCCUCCCCGCCCUUAUUUUUAGACCAAACUGAGGCCCAAAUGGCCGAAAAAAAAUUUUUGGGGAGACCGGGCCCUCCCUUAUCUCAGGGUCUGAAUUACCACCCCCCUAUCUGAAAGUGUGGAUCCGCCAUUGUUCACAGUAUUUGCGUCUUUGUUUAUUAGCCACAUGGUUUGUCUGUAGUGGUUACAGCACCAGCGGUGUUUCGCUUCACGGCGCCGGCAUGUCCUGACAGGCAUUUGGAAGCUGCAAAAAUCCUUGGUGAGCCCAUACUUAACUCUGUAUUGUUCACCUAAACGUCUAUCUUAGUCAACAACUGCCUUUCUUUCCAGAGUGCAGCUACGACAUUAUGAGUUUUCACAAUAAAAUGAUAGAGCCACAGAUUAGUUUGAGAAACAAAUAACUGAACCAGCUCUUAAAGAUAGAUUUAACUCAUAACAGGAUGUAUAACGUGUGGAUGGAGAGGAUAUUUUCACGAACUGCGUACGAAUUUUAUCUCUUGAUACUUUUUCUUUUGUUGAGCCGUGCACAGUUGAGUAUUCUCUCUUUGACUUGUUUAGGUGCGGACACAACUAACGUUAAGUUGGCAGAUGCUGGGCUGUUGUUGUCGGACACUCUUCGGGAUUUCAUGCACAGUACCGGGGUAGAUAAUGGACUUACGGACCUGGGUUAUAAACCGGAAGACAUUCCAGCGCUUGUCAAAGGAACACUGCCUCAACAUCGUGUAACAAAACUUGCCCCAGCUGGGGCCCCUGGAGAAGACGAACUUGCACGACUGUUCGAGGAUUCCAUGACGGUCUAUUAGCGUGUUUUAUUACUGAAAAACUGAUGAUGAUUCAAAUGAUGCAUCUGAGAGAUUCGACUGGCCAAGUUAAAACUCAAAAAUUACACACCAUGUUAACUUGUGAGCUUUUAAGUGAACAAUUUUUACUACAGUUUUCGAGACCCGGCGAGGGUACAAUUGACCUUAACAGAAUAUAGGUCAGAAUAAGAACAGCUUCUGAUAGAGUCCACAGAUCCUCAAAUUGCUACAUGUAUUAAACAGAAGCAUUUUUAUUACGUUCGACGCAGAAGAACACACCUCUAUUACAGACUUGGAGUAAGAUUUUACAGGACAAUGUGAAUUGAGCAAGUCUUUGCAGACACCUGGCAUCUCUGAAGAUUUUGCAGGGGUGAAUGACAUCAUCACCUACUUGUCAAAGGAGAGAGAGACUGUACUCAGAACGAACACUGUAAUCAUUGAUUAUUACUGUUGAUGUCAGUUUCAGUGAUUGAAGAGUUUAAUUUGAAUAACCAUCUUGGUCCAGAGAUAAUUGAUCUACAGACACGGAACUAAGAAACACUUGUACAAAAAAGGGUUGUGUGGAAAAAUUGCCAAUAAGGAAAAGGAAAUUCACAAACACAAAGUUAAUUACAGCCGUUAGACUCGAGUUUUACGUGGUAAACCAUCUUAAGUGUUGCUGAAAUUUCAUUAGCAAAUUAUUUUUUAUCUCUUAUUUCCGAAAAAAUAAAGGUGGG